UUUGUGCACACAAUGGCGACUGUAGGUAUGCUAAAUACCUCUGGUUCCUUAUCCGGGAACUACCUCUUACUCUGCUAUUGGGCCAUUGGGUCACGUGGUAAAAGUAACUUUACAGGGCUGCUCGCAAGUAGGAGGGCUUUAUGGAGCAGAAAAACGACAAAGCUAGAAAAAUUAUUUUCCACUCCAGAAAUUAAUGAUCAUGAGCUCGUAUUUGAUGGAGUCUAACUACAUUGAUCCGAAAUUCCCUCCAUGCGAGGAAUAUUCGCAAAAUAACUACAUCCCUGAGCAUAGUCCAGAAUAUUACAGCCGCGCAAGGGAGACUGGCUUCCAGAAUCACCAUCAGGAGUUAUAUCCUCCGCGGGCGAGCUACCAAGAGCGCCAGUAUAACUGUGCAAGCAUCCCUGAACCUGACACGCCAAGGGGACAUGGAGUACCCCAUUCUGCGCACCUGCUGACAGGGAAAGGGCAACCUGCUUCAUGUGAAACCCCACAGUUGUCCAUGUCCCCCGCCACCCCACCAGCCGCAACCUCCGCCUGCAACCAAGCUACCCCGGAGCAUCCAAACAGCACAGCCUCCUCCAAGCAGCCCGUGGUGUACCCAUGGAUGAAGAAAAUUCACGUCAGCACUGCGAACCCGGGUUACAAUGGAGCGGAGUCCAAGCGGUCUAGGACAGCCUACACGCGGCAGCAAGUCUUAGAAUUGGAGAAGGAAUUCCACUAUAACCGAUAUUUAACUCGGCGGAGGCGCAUCGAGAUUGCCCACACCCUGGUUCUCUCCGAGCGACAGAUUAAAAUCUGGUUUCAAAACCGCAGGAUGAAAUGGAAAAAGGAUCACAGGCUCCCGAACACCAAAGUGAGAUCCUCCUCCUCCUCCGGGUCCAACACAAGCUCGGCAGCCGGCGCUGUUGCCGCUGCUUCGGCCACUAACACUGGGGCCCCCGACGAACUCACCGGAGCACAGCAUGGAGAGGAUAUUACCAGGUUAUAAAACCACGAACCAAGGGGUAGAAAAAGGACUGGUUAUUUAUAGAACAAUUAUAUAUUUUGUUUUCGUAGCUAUCUUGUGCGGUUUCCUUUAAGUCCAAAGUUAUAUAAAAUGCAUGUUAUAUAGCAUGGAUUAUUGCGAAUACCGAUUAAUUAUUUUUACGUGACACAGGGUUUAAUUUAUUUGAUGCUCAAUUAAGAUGAUGUUUUUUAUUAAAAAAUGUUUUGAAUGAAGGAAAAAAAUAGUAGACAAAAUAUACAUUUUAUUAAAAUGUUAUUGUGGGCCAUUCUUUUGCCCUGGUGCCCAAGGUGAAAUGCACAAUCUAUUUAUUUCAAACAACACUGGAAGAAAAUCAAUAUAAUAAUAGUUAUUUUUGGUAUAACAAAGCUGGAAGACACCAUUGAUCUUGAACUUGUAUUGUUUUUGACAAGAACAAUGUGUGAAUUACCUCGUGUAUUUCAGAAACAGGAUUUUGAUUUACAAUUUAGUUUUGUGGUGUUGAUGUUGUGUUUAGACCGUUAAAAGGCUGAUUAUUGUGAAAUGCAAUAAACGGAGUGUAGUGUACUUGUGCUAAUCAUAUUGGUCAAUAAAACAUUACUAGUUUUAUAUACCUUUGGUCGAAAUUCAUUUUAGGCAAGAUGAGGUCUGCUAUUGUUUUAUGGCUUUUUCGGAGGGAUCACCUUAAAAAGUGUACAGAUGUGUGAAUACUUGAACAUUUCAUGAGGGAAACAAGAAUCACUGUGUUUUUAAAUUGUGAUUGUAAAUCCUGCAGCUCAUUCUUGCGUCUUUAGCAACGUGCACAGACUGUGUGUGUAUGUAAGAGAUAGUGUGUGUGUGUGUGUGUGUGUGUGGGUGUGUGUGUAUGUAUGUGUUUUAAAACCAAAUUUAUAAUGGACUGAAGUUAUUUCUAAAAUCUGAAAAUGAAAUAGUUUGCGCUGUGCAUUAUGUGCAACCUCAUCAGUCUGAAGGGCAUUCAAUUAAUGCUGAAGAGAAGUACUGAGGCCCUUCACUCUGCACUGAGUGCUCCUUCGUCCUGACUUGAACACAAAGCUGCAUGCGUUCAAUUUAAGAGGACAUUUGUUCAUUACACAUUGUUGUGAAAAUAUUCUUAUUCAUUUUGUAACCUAGUAUUUUCCCUGCUUUUUGUUCUGCAGUCCACUGCGCCAUGCGGCUGAGUUUUCAAAUGUACAGAAAUAAAAAUAAAUACAAUAAAGUCUUGAGAUGCAGAUAGAUUCUAUGACGCGUCAUGUGGUGAUGGAGUAGUUGACCUUUGUUAUCAGACUCUGUAGCAGUGCCCUAGCAAAAAGAAAACAAUGCUGAUGUUUUCUUGUCUGUUCACUCUCGGCUUUUGCUUGUAUAAACAAUUUGCCACAUGUACCUGCUGUCUCCCCAGUGGGUGCUUUGCCUCCAGAGUGUGCAGCAGCUCGCGAGAAUUCAAGAAACACCACAACUACAAUUUCAAAAAAAACGGCGCGUCUUACUGCAACGUCAUCGGCCACACCGGAGGACCGACGCACAGGACUGUUAAAGACUGUAUAUCUGCUGGACUCAUACAACUAUUUUACAAAAUAUCA